AUGGCGAAGCUGUUUUUGGCAGGCUCUCCGGAUGCAGAGUCUCUAGUAUGGGACGAGAGUGUACUUGCCAUGGCCUUCGGAUCUCCGGUGCGUAGAUUCCUGGGUAUUGACCACCAUGACAGCACCGAGAUUGGUUURACUGCGGCGUCAUAUCCGCUGGCAAAAUGGCGAUGUGUGCCUCUGGGGCAGCGCCCACAUACUGCUGUACCUGCGAAGCCGACACCGCCAGAGGACAUUGAGUUUGCAUCUUUCCAUCAUGACGGUGAUGAAGCCCACUUGAACUUCUUGGAAUACUCCCUUGCAGUUCUCCAGAACCUGGAUUCGUCUCAGAUCGGACCUCCCCAGGGCACAGCACUCGAGGAGUCAACAUAUAUGACCAUUGGAUCUUUUGGUACAUCACUUUCGACGGACUCAAAUUUACAGACGAGCUCGGGCUCCCUCGCUUCUUACUCGUCCGAAAACCCUCAGCAGCAGAUCGUGAACUUUUCGGGACAAGUCACGGAUCUACAGAACAUCCCAAAUGCUCGCCUCCUCAAGUCAAUCCAUCCUCAAACCAUGACGGUCAACAUUCUCGCCAGUGUCAUAUCUGUUCAGCCAACACGUACGGUCAAGCUUCGUAAACGCACGGGGGAGAUGGAAAUUGUUGAAUUGCUGUUGGGUGACGAGACGAAAGCAGGAUUCACUACCACCUUCUGGCUCACAUCCGUGGAGUCUCAAGCGGGAAGACCACCCGCGAGCAAUGCCAGACAAAAUGGGCUGCGAGACCUGCUGGAUAACCUACGUUCAGGGGACGCACUGUUGCUGACCAACAUCGCACUUGCGGAGUUCAAUAGCAAUGUCUUUGGCCAAAGUCUGAGCCGACACACCACCAAAAAUAACACGACGGUGACUGUCCUCUCCGCCGGCGUCGUGGGUCUCUCAGCCCCGGUGACUACGAAGCUGAAACGAGUGAAGGAGUGGGCAGGCAAUUUCGUUGGACAGGGCACGAAGCGUGCUGCCUCCCCGAGAGACGGCGGAGAUGGAGAUGGAGGGCGAGGCAAAAAAGGCCGUCAUGAUACGGUUCUUCCUCCAGACACGCAGUACGAUUGA